UUGACACACAUCCUGAUCAGAGUUCAGUAACUAGUAUACCACCUUAGUUUUCCAACCCAUUUGAUUUUUUUUCAAUUGAAUGAUAUUUAAAACUAGGCCAGAGGUAACGCUGUUUGGAGUGGAUUCCUUUAAAGGAGUAAUGUCUGGUAGUUCUUCUUUGGUUCCGCCUGGCAGUUCCAUCAAACAAACUACUCCAGAUACAUCCCGUCAGUUCAAGGUGAUGGACUACGUUUAUGAUGAUGACUUGGAUGAACUGUGUCCAGUCUGUGGAGAUAAAGUGUCCGGUUAUCAUUACGGUCUGCUGACCUGUGAGAGUUGCAAGGGGUUUUUCAAAAGAACUGUUCAGAAUAGCAAGCGCUACACUUGCACCGAGAAUCAGAAUUGCAAAAUAGAUAAAACUCAGAGGAAGAGAUGUCCGUAUUGCCGAUUUCAGAAAUGCCUGACCGUGGGAAUGAGGUUAGAAGCUGUCCGUGCAGACAGAAUGAGAGGAGGAAGAAACAAAUUUGGGCCAAUGUACAAGCGUGACCGAGCUUUAAAACAGCAAAAGAAAGCCCUGAUACGAGCAAAUGGCUUUAAGCUAGAGACUGUGCCUCAAACAGUAUCAUCUGGGCAGACUGACUAUUCACUCUCAACUGCCAUUCACAAUAUACAUUCUUUAUCCAAAGGCAUGCCACAAAACCCAGCUGCUUUACCAGCCACAGAUUAUGACAGAAACCUUUACGGAGCACCACCAAUCGGCAUGUCUGUGCCAAACCAUGGAGCACUGCCAAACUAUCAGUACACAUCGUUUCAUAACCGAACAAUCAAGUCUGAGUACCCAGACCACUACGCAAGUUCACCAGAAUCUCUGGUCGGUUACCCCUAUCCAGACACCUAUCAAUCCAAUUCUCCUCCUACAGUCCCACAACUGAUCCUAGAGCUCUUACGGUGUGAACCUGAUGAACUUCAAGUCCAAACUAAGAUUUUGACGUAUCUACAACAGGAACAGGCCAAUAGGGGAAAACAUGAAAAACUUAGCACCUUUGGUCUCAUGUGCAAAAUGGCUGACCAGACCCUCUUUUCCAUAGUUGAAUGGGCACGCAGUUGUAUAUUCUUCAGAGAACUGAAGGUGGAUGAUCAAAUGAAACUACUGCAAAACUGCUGGAGUGAGUUGUUGGUACUGGACCAUAUCUGUAGACAAGUACACCAUGGGAAGGAAAACAGUCUUCUUCUGGUGACAGGCCAAGAGGUUGAGUUAUCCACAAUUGCCAACCAAGCUGGAGCAACUCUCAUUAACUUGGUAUUGAGAGCCCAGGAACUGGCAGCUAAACUGCAGUCUUUACAGGUCGAUAGAAGGGAUAUUGUCUGCUUUAAGUUUCUCCUCUUAUUUAGUCCUGAUGUCAAGGUUUUAGAGAACAGACAUCUGAUUGAAAGCGUUCAAGAACAGGUCCAUGCUGCCCUCUUGGACUACACCAUGUGCAACUACCCACAGCAUGGGGACAAAUUUGGACAGCUGUUGCUGAGGUUACCUGAAAUCCGUGCAAUAAGUAUGCAGGCAGAGGAAUACCUGUACUACAAACACUUAAGUGGAGAGGUGCCAUGUAACAACUUACUGAUUGAGAUGCUUCAUGCCAAGAGAGCUUAAGGCCUUGAUCUAUGAACUACAUAACAGCCACAAUUUUCCAAAGGAAGGUUGUUGAUUCCUAUAUAAAUAUAUAAAUACAUAUUAUAUUCCUUUAUAUUACAGAAAUAAUGUAAUUAGAAAAUAACAAAUGAUUUUUAAAUAUACAGAAGCUAUGUAAUCUUGGAAUACAUGCAUAAAUAGUAUGUACAAAGUUUUUCAGAUAAGAACUUUUUUCUUCCCCUUUCAUGGUAAGAAUUUUGACUUUAUCUUAAAACAGGUUGUUUCUUUAUAACCACAGCGCAGUCAUUACUAGAGUCAUUAGUAGUCGUUAGUAUUUACUGCAUCAAUGAAACUGCAAACCAGCAAAAGAAUGGCAUCUGCAUUUUAGAAAAACUGUACAACAUGGCAACUUUUUGAACUGAGGUUACAUGAAGCAUAUCCAUUGGUAAUGACUUAAUGUAAGGGACUACAAUUUCCAUUUGUUUCUCUUGAAACAAUAAUGCACAUUAUUAAACAACACCUUCUUAAAAACUUCAAAUUAUAGUAAAAAUGAAUGUAAAAUAAUAUGCAAAAUUAAAGUCAGCACAGUGAUAUUUUUUGAGCCCUCAGCAACUGAAAGCUGAGAAUAUCAGGCUAAGAACCAUUGUGUCUUGAAGAUAAAUCAUUUGAGUUUGCUUUAUACACUUCUGCAAGAAAACUGUGCACACUUGUACUUUAAUAUUUGAAAGCUGAAUGCACUUGUAUUUUUUUCAAAGAGUUGCAAACAGUUGAGAGUAAUGUAUUUGUUAUUUUUAUGUUUCAAGUGUGUUUUUCUGAGGGAUAUAGUAAAUUGUGGAAGAUGAGAAAAUUACAGUUAAAAAACGUUUUACGGGAAUUAAUAUUUAAUUAGUACACAAAUGCUAAUAUUGUCAAUUUUUAACAUAUUCUUUGCAUAAUAGCUAUACUGUAUUUACAGUAUUCUUGUAUUGUGUUUUCUUGCAUGUUUUCCCUCUUUUCCUUCUAGUGAAAUAAAACUGAUCAGAUUUGUACACCAGAGGUGUUCCUAUUUAUAACUCCUUAAGUGCCAAAUAAAAACUUUAAGUUAUCCAACCCAACAGAUAAAGGAGGUUUUGUUCCCUUUACAAUGUCAUAAUGUUAACAUAGCUACAGCUGUUUUGUGGGAGUCACCAAUAUCGCUGUCUAUUAGAAUGAUAAUUCAUACAGGUGAAAAAUUAAAAUGGCACACACAUGCGAACAAAUUGGCUAUGGUGCACAGACUCUGUAGUUGCUUGAAAAUUUAUGCUAAGGUUGUAGACAGUGUUCCCUCCCAGUGAAUAAUGUAUAUAUAUCAACUGGUGUUUUUUUUUUAAAUCUAUCAUUUAUUAACAAAAAUACAAAUCUUUUGUGACACAAAAUUUAUUAUUCCAUAUAAUGUCAUCAGAAAACAACUGUUUCUUUUCCAAUCACUUUUAUUUAACAUGGCAGCACUAGCAAACAGGUGGAUCGGUGUCUGAUUUCAGCUCGGGAACAUAUUAAAUUUUUUAGUCAUUAUAACUAAUGAAGGUUGAAACUUUUGUAUUCCAUCGUGAUUAGACCAGCAAUCUAUAAAAUAUUUUGCUGUUUUUUUUAAUUCCUCAAGGGAAUCAUAAAAGCACUGUCUGGAAAGUUGGGCAACAAUAUAUUAAUUUGUCCCCUACACUUAUAAUCAGCUACAAAACAAUUUUUUUUUUACAAAUAGAAAUUUGUAAAUCUAUAAUAUGAAAGAAUUGGGGGUAAAAGGGGUAGCUAUUUUAUUUAGUUCUGUUGAGAAAAUUUGCUGAGGCUGUACUGCAAUUGGGAUUUUUGCCUACACAAAGCAGACUGCGUAUUGUGCCUUUCCUUCAAUGUGUCCUCGAUAUUUUACCAAUAGCUGCAACUGCUAUUCUAUCAAUUGUGCAAAAGACAGCAAUGAGCUUUUGUCUCACAAACUGAAUGGAAGAUGUUCUCCAGUCAUUGUUCAACUGUGAACUUGUGUUUUAAGUUUAUUUUUUAAUUUUGCAAUUAUUUUAAAUUAAUUAAUUUCAACUUUUUUAUGUGGUCUGCAUGCAUUUCAUUGAUACAUAUAAAAUUGUGGUCAUUAGACAAAAGUAACAGAAGUGCCAGUGGAUGACGCAUGUUCAUACCUUCAUUAUAGAAUUUUAUUCAAGCAAGUUGACCAUUGUGAAAGAGGAAGUUACAUAGGAGAGUGACAUAGAAUUUCUUGCUGAAUUAUUAUAGUUUUAUUUACUCCUGUAUACUUCACAUUAUGUAUGUGUCAACUGGAACAUUAAGAAGUGGCGAAUGUUUGGUAAACUUUGAUAUUUCAUUCAGGGAAAACAAUUUGCUAGAUUAAAUGAAACAGCAAACAGUUACAGAAUGUGAAAGGAAGGACCAUUUCAAAGUAGAUAGUAAAAGGUUCUCAUCCUGAUUGUUUCUCAGUUUGCUGAUUUUUAAAUUUCAUAGUAUAUUUAUUGUCAUUUAUUUUUAUUCACUUUUUCACAAAUGACUUAAUGGUUAAAUAAAUCACAUCACCACAAUCACAAAAUCCUCACAAUGUGGAUUCUUUUUACAUUAUGUCUCACUAAAUUUGUUGAGACAUCCUGAUCUAUUAUUUUAUUAUAGAUGUUUAGAUGCCUGCUCUGUCAUAGAUC